AUGCCGUCCAACCUGCGCCGGCUCGCUGCUGAUCAUGCCGCCUUACACAAUGAUCUCCCGCCGUACUACCUGAAGCCAUCGGAGGAUGACGACCUAUCGCAGUUGGACAUCCUCCUCACCGGUCCGCCGGGUACACCUUUCUCGGAAGGAUUGUGGAAGCUCCACCUCAAGAUGCCGGCCGACUACCCAAAGAGCCCACCCAAGGCGACAUUCAGGACAAGGAUCUGGCACCCGAAUAUGGAGGAGCUGACCGGUGCCGUUUGCGUGGAUACCCUCAAACGGGAUUGGCAGCCGAACCUCACUUUGCGCGAUGUACUGAUGACAAUCUCAUGUCUACUCAUCUAUCCCAAUCCCGACUCUGCACUCAAUUCCUCCGCUGGCGCCCUCUUGCAAGAGAACUAUGCUGCCUUUGCGCACCAAGCCAAGCUCAUGACCUCCAUUCACGCCCCAAUUCCACUCGACCUGAAAGAUGCAGUGAACGACGCAAAGCUCCGAGGCGAGGAUGCAGGGACAGUGAUUGAGGAACAAGAGGAGACAUCCCUCCAACAAGCGCGCAAACAGCAACGAAACCGCACUGCCACAUCAAAAAAAUCCAUUCAUCAAAUCACACCAAUCGACACGCUCCCCCACCCACACCCCUUCACCCAGUCCUCACAAUCAGUAUCCGACGAAGAAAUGACCGACGGCGAAAACGAAGCCAACGCAAGCAAAGAAAACGACCCAUCCCUCUCCCCCUCCCCAGUAAACCUCGCACCUCCAUCACCCCGCAAAAAUGCCCUAGGCAAGCGUCCCCUCUCAGUCCUCUCAAUGCCCUACCCAGAAGACGAAGCAGAUAUGAUGCUAGUGGACCCUGACUCAGACACCGACUCACCAAUGUUCUCCAACGAACAAAACAUAACUGCAAACAUCCGCUCCCGCACAUCCUCCCCGCUCCGCAAAACCCCCAAGCGCUCCCUCCUAAGCAAAGGAAUCAACGCCUCCGGCCGUCUCCACGAUACAAUGCCAAUCUUCGAGGAUUUCCCUUCUCUGUCAAUGACCGAUCCCACCUGCCGACUAAGCGGUGACGGAAAAGAAAAUCGUGGCUCUGCUACUAUCCGUGGUCUAAAGGAGAAGCAAGAUAUGCAUCACUGCAAGGCGCUUAAUAGUAACCCUCUUAUACCAUCAGCCCUCCAGCAUGCUCCUACACCAUCUCUAUCUUCUUCUUCUAUCCGCGCUUCAAAAAUCAGCACGAGCAAGAAGGCCAUUGGUGGUCUGCGCAAAACAACUGCCGUCAAGACGAAGCCGCGUAUCGGUGUACGCCGGCUAUGA